UUAGUUUCUUUGCUUUCCCUUGUGAAUGUAAGUGAUACACUGUGUUGUGGAGUUUUGGACUGCAAACCUUUGGCCAUGUUUGGACACAUGUUGUAUCUGGCUCUCAUGCUGAAUCAGUUUCAUCUUUUUGCAACUUUACAUCCUGAAUUCUAUCCAUGUGAAAUUCAAACUACCAAGGAUGGACACAUAAAUGUGGACUGUCAGCGCCGACGUCUUGCUAACAUCCCUAAAUUCACAUCCCUCUCUGUUAUAUCACUCAACUUAAAUGGAAACCAUAUACACCACAUUAAAGGUGCCACAUUUUCUGGAUUAGCUAAUCUCAAGCAUCUCAGCUUGAUGUGGAACUGCGUACCAGAUCAUCUUAAGGAGCAGAGAUGGCCUUCAUGCAGCCUGAAAGUCGAUCCUAAUGCAUUUAGCGGACUUAAAAACCUAACUUCCCUGCAGUUAGCAGGGAACAGCUUGAACACCAUUCCUCCUCUACCAAAGCAACUUGAGAUUCUGGGACUGGAAUUUAAUCACAUCUUUCAUAUUGUUAAGCCUCUAGGUACACCGCUACUAAAACAACUACUGCUAAACAAGAAUUGUUUCUAUGCCAACCCAUGUUAUCAGUCUUACUUUAUCGACCCACGUGUGUUUCAAGAUAUCCCUGAGCUUUUGAACCUAACACUUAGUUACAACAAUGUGACCAUUGUUCCCCCAUAUCUUCCACUUUCACUAGAAAGCCUAGACUUGGGAGAGAACAAGAUCACACAUAUCAAUAAAGAGUCCUUUGCAAAUCUUAAACAUCUGCGACACCUUAACCUAGGGUGGAAUUGCCAAAGGUGUGACCAUGCUUCUGAGCCUUGCUUCCCAUGUCCAAACAACCAGUCUCUGAAUCUGCACCAGGAUGCAUUUUUGGAUCAAAGGGACUCUCUAAUUAGUCUAAGUCUGCGAGGCAAUUCACUGCAUACAAUUCCUCAGCAUCUCUUCGUACGACUCCACAAGCUCCAAGAGUUAGAUCUAUCCGACAACUUUUUAGCCUACGCCAUCCAGAACGGCACCUUUUAUGAAGAGCUCCAGAAUGUUGUGUCCCUCAGUCUUCUUUAUAACUAUGAACCCCAGAAAUCCUUUUCUGAAUUAAUUCUGUCACCAUCCAUAGAGAAGAUGAUGGCUCUACGAGAGUUGUACCUUAGUGGCCUAUUCUCCAGAGUACUGUCAAACCACAGCCUUGCACCUCUGGUCAAACUGCCAAGACUUGAGUCCCUGGAGCUACGCAUGAACUUCAUCUGCUCUGUUAGCAUGGAUGCUAUAAGUCAGCUGAGAACAUUAAGGUGGGUGGGCCUUUCCCAAAACAUGCUUGCUUUCAGUUCAUGCUUUUCAACCUGCACUGCUGAAGCCAUACCAAAUAACUACCAAACCCUUGAAAAACGUGACAAUGGACAGCCCAACUUUCAAUCUCAAAAAGUCCCCCUACCGAGCUCAGAGCAGAACACUAUGCAGGACUCUGGAGAAGAUCACUGUUUUUUUUAUUAUUCUAUGUGGCAUUUCAAAAAGCAGAUCUGCUCUAAAAACCAGUUUUUUGACCUCUCUCAAAACAACAUCCCAUGGCUGAAUGCAAGUACUUUUAGAGGCAUGGAAAAAGUGGUAUGCAUAGAUCUGUCUUACAACUACAUAAGUCAAACUUUAAAUGGCCAGCAGUUCACACUUCUAAGCAAAUUAGCCUACCUUAAUAUGGCUCACAAUCGCAUUGACCUGUACUCUGACAAGGCCUUCCAGGAGAUAAGUGGCACACUAAAAGCUCUUGACCUCAGCAACAACGAAUUCCACUUUGUAAUGAAGGGUAUGGGACAUCGCUUCACAUUCCUUCCACACUUACCAUCUCUUAAAAUACUGAGUCUAGCGAACAAUCACAUUGGUCUCAGAAUCUCUAACAUUCUUACUAGUACUUCUUUGAAGUAUCUUGAUUUCUCUGGAAAUCGUUUGGACAUAAUGUGGGACUCUAGGCGUAACCAAUACCUACAUUUCUUUCAGGGUCUUACUAACCUUACACACUUAGACAUUUCUGAAAAUCAGCUCAAAUCAUUCCCCCCAGAGGUAAUUGUAAACUUGCCUCCGAGCCUCCAGAUGCUGAGAAUGGACUUCAAUGUGCUGAGUUAUUUCCCUUGGGGCAACAUCUCAGUUCUCGAGAAGCUGUGCCACCUGAACCUUAGUUCAAACAUGCUUUCAUUCUUACCU